GACCUCGUUUCCACGCCUUCACUUCGCCCGCGGUGUCGAGUUUCAUAUCCACUGUUGCCGCAUUCGCCUGCGGUCAGCCUACAUGUCACGUGCGAUCUCUCGUGGCUAGCGCGGGCCUCUUCUCGACUGCAGCCGAAGUGGAGGAUCCGCUCCUGGGUGCCGUGGACGCUUUCGGAGUCAAAGGCGCUGAGGGUGCCCGGAGGAGGCGGCCAGGACGACAGCGGCGAGGCGGAGGGAGAGGAGCCGGCGCCAGCAGUGCAGGAGGCGACCGCAGAGGACACCGUCAUGACCAAGAGCGCUCCCACCGCAGCGCCCGCGGAGAGCUGA